AUGCCGACACACCAACACGCCCCGCCGCCCGUGCACAGCCUCGCACCGCCACGCUUCCCGCAGUUCAGAGACACAGCAUGUACACAGCGAGAGGAAGACACACACACACACACACACACACACACACACACACACACACACACACAUAGCAUCUACAUUGCCCCCACAACCCCCACUGCCCCUAGCCUCUCCCCCUCUUCAUUCCCACACGCAUCACUAACCUUCCCUCCUCCUCCUCUUCGUCAGGUCCGGCUGUCCCGCCAGUACCGCGUCACGGGCAUCCCCUGCCUCGUGCUCGUCGACAGCCGCAGCGGCCACGUCCUCACCCGGGCGGGCCGCGAGAAGGUGACCAGCGACCCUGAAGGACACCACUUUCCCUGGCGGCCGAGAACUGUGGGCGACAUCCUGGCCUCCGCCCGCCUUGUAGACCCCCAGGGACAGGAAGUGGCCCACGACACCAUCAAGAACGCCUACAAAGGAUUGUACUUCUCUGCUCAUUGGUGUCCGCCCUGCAAAGCCUUCACGCCCCAGCUGGUCGCCGCCUACGGGAAGAUGAAGAAGAAAGAAGAGAACUUUCACAUGAUCUUCAUCAGUUCAGACAGGAGCGAGGAGUCGUGGCGGACGUACCACAACAGCAUGCCGUGGCUUAGCCUGGCAUGGGAGGAGAAGGAGGCGCGGCACGAGCUGGCCAGCAGCCUCGAGGUGAAGGGCAUCCCGACCCUGGUGGUGCUGGACCCCGACAACUCCGUCAUCACCACCGACGGGCGAUCCCAGUUCUCCGACGACCCCACGCUGGAGAGAUUUCCGUGGCGGCCUCAGAGCGUGGAGGUGUUGGGGGAGCGACACACACCCAAGCUGCAGGAAAGCCCGUGUCUGGUCCUCUUCACAGACGGGGACGCGGCCGAGCUGCAGUUUGGUCGCGACGUGCUGCUCCCGGUGGCCGAGGAGUACUUGCUGGAGCACCCCCAUCAGGGCGGCCUCACGCUGCACUUCUUCGUCGCCGGGGAGGACGAGGUGGCGGACGGCGUAAGGGACUACGCCUGUCUGGAGGAUGUGGUGCCGCUCGUGGCCAUCCUGGACCUGGCCGAGGGUUGCAAGUUUCUGCUGGAGGAAGGCGUCGAGGUGUCCACCGCCACCGUCCACAACUUCGUCACCAGGUACACCAGCGACAAGCUCAAGGCGCUCCCCAUCAGGCCGGGCGCCGCCGAGGCCACCGCCGCCAGCUAACACCGCCCGCGGCCAGAGGGACGGUGCGUGGCUGGAGGGAGCGGCGGUCUUCGUGCGGCGGAGAAAAUGGAUUUUGACUUUGUUAUUACAUUAAUAAUAUCCUUGUAAAGGUUCUGUAUUACGAAAAAAUGCUGGAUGAGUGUUGUAGUCUGUACUUAGCGUUGUUUGUGAUUAUAUACCUGAUUGCAUCAUAGAUUAUUUGUGUUGACGCUGAUACGGAUAUCAUUAAGAUUUAUCGUAAGAAAAAAGAUAAAAAAAUGUUUUCAUGGUUGUUUUUCUCUUGAUGAAUAUUAUUUUAUUGUACGUAUGUGUUUCUGGUGGUUAUGAUCAUGGCCUGUCUGCGGCGUUCCAAGCAAACAGAUGAUGAAGUUGUGAAGUUGAUGUACCCUGCAUUGACAGUUUUUAUGUUGUCGCGGGGCGGUUCAUGCGUCGUAUCGGUGUUCCGCGGGUACGAUGGUUAAGAGUCUCGACGUGGGCUGAGUUUUGGAGUACUUUUACACACCAGUGUUGAGUGUUAUUCAGUGUAUCCCGGCAGACGUGCGUACACAAACUAUUAAACACCUGCACAAAUCGAGAAUGAGGGAAUCAUAAUAAAAUAUAACGCUGCCUGAGUUAAAAUAAGGCGAUGGAAAGACCUUAUAGGCUUUAACACCGAUGAUGACAACUCGUUUUUGUAUAUUCUGAUAUAAUUCAAACCACCGUUGUGCUAUGACUUACAAAGAAUACAGCAGUCCACGCAAUAUAUACUAGUUGAGUAUCCAUCAGGUACCCCGAGUUUACCAUGAAUAGAGGUUUGAAAUUCACAAGUAUAGGACGGUUCCGAAACACGCAUCCAGGCCGUCACUUGUUGCGGGGUGCCCAUGUUGUGACGUCACGCCGCUGCUCUUGUUUAUUUUUGGAACCCGCGAGACGUAUGAAGGUAUCCGAUAUUAUCUUUAAUUAUUUUUGCUUAUGUAUCGUUAAAAUAAAUGGCGAUGGCUGACUCGGCAUCAAGCGCGGGAGACGGCGAACAACCAGCAACAGAAGAUAACCAGAUAAUGAAGAAGAUAAAGGCUCCAGCGUGAAGGUGAGGCUACUCGUAGGCUAGCAGUGAGCAGGAUCGGGGCAUUGUAAGCGUCCAAACCAAACUAUAUUCUCCACAAUGAUCCGCCAUUUCUACUCAAACCAGAUACGUAAGAAAUUCCCUGUGUGGUUUCCUAAAGUUUCCUCCUUUUUAUAUCGACGCCAAACACUAUAAAAGGAAUUUUCGUUAUAUUUUAUGUUUGGUUGGGUAGUUUACAAACCUGCUGUACUGGACUGUAAAACUGGCCCUUAGCGUUGAGGAGAAAACAGCAGUGAGGGUGUGUGUGUGUGUGUGUGUGGGGGGGGGGGGGGGGGGGGAGGAGCUAACCACAGAUAAAAGAACAAAGCACAAUGGAUUAACACAAACAUGCGAGAAAAAUUACAAGAAAAAUUCCAAGGGGUCACCAUUCCGAGGGCCACCCAGCCAGCAUCAUAUUUUCGGUCACGGUAAUGCACAUCCUUGGCACGCCUCCAUAAACUUGAACCCGCUCACUGCUCUGUCUGAUUUAUAUCGUGUUGUCUAAGGUGUGUCAGAAAAGUUGAUCGAUGUUACGAAAUGCUUAAUGACAAAGGAAGGGUAUUCGAGACAGGUUAUUAUAGAACAUUGUAUCUGAGAGUAUAUGAUGCGUUGCACGUUUGUUACAUUCGUCCUAACGGUGAGUACUGGUUGCCUCACGGUACUGUUGGCAGACUACAUGAGUGACGAUACCGCUCUGAAGGAAGGUUGUGGUCAGGGACUUAUAGAAGGAAUGCUGUAUUCUCUGCAUUAGGAUGAUUAUCCAUUUAAAAAUCAAUACGACUUGGUAUCUAUAUGCAUAAUCCUGACUUUAAUUCGUGGGUUUAAUUAACACGAAGCACGUGGUGUUAGGGAACUCUGGUAACUACUGUGUGAACAAGCUUCAUCGACUGAUAUCUUCGGAAUGCCGUAGACAGACAGUUUCGAAAUUACAGAAUGAUUUAUAGUUAUUUAAGGUUUAGUCGACAUCGUUCCUGAGUUCAGUUUCUGAUGCCACGAGUGAGUUGUCCCGUCGCGGCUGUUCCCGUGCUGGUUACUCCCAGCGGGGUGCCCCGUGAGUCAGCUGGGCGGCGGCGGCGAUGAGACGGAGCAGUAUAACUAUCUUUCCAAUUGUUUCCAUUAUCCCUCCUGUUUCUCCUUCUCCUCUUCUUCCUGCUUCUCCUUCUCCUCCUUUCCUGUUUCUCCUCCUCCUUUUAAUCGGUGAUGUCCAAAACCGCUUCCUCUAUCCGUCUUCUGUGUAUAUAAUUUCAUAGUAGUCCGUAUCCACUCGUAAACUCAUUCUCUCGGUCUUGGGAGACCCCGCCGAGCGCCGCCUGGACCUCUUACUUUUUACGAGUUUACGAGGGUCAUGGAAGAGCGAGAGUCAAUUUGUCGUGGAGUCCCAGUCACUCAGGUAAUUAGAGAGAACUUUGCCCGUGGGAAGUGAAUGUAGGAGGAGAGUUUGAAGACAGCUGUCAUUGAACUCGCACGGAGAGGAGGGAAGUGGGUGACGAGCGUAUUAUUGAAGUAUUUAGCGUAUUUUCAUGAGCAAGCUUUAUAAGAAAUGUGUAUACUGUGCUUUGCUUUACCAGUCCACUGUAUAUUAUCAGUCUUUAUUAAUUAAUAGCUUCGUUCAUUUAUUUUUACCCAUUUGUGGAAGGUGUAUCUGAUUUCUCGAAGACAGACACAGACAGUAGCAACUCCAAAGGAUGGCUGUGCAGCAAUACCCUGUGAAUAGUGAUAAUGGUAAUAAAAUGUGAAACUGUAACCUCUUCAUUGUUUUGUCUUUAUUAUUUGGGGUAAAGCUUUUGAAAGGUUAGAUGACAGGAGGUUAUUACUGAAAUUCAUCCUUUUUUAUUACACAAAUGAAGUUACUUGUACUGUAGUUAUUUGAAAAGGAAAAUCAUGAUGUGCUGUACAUAGCUAAGAAAUCACUAAGUGAAUAAAUUAAUAAAUGAAAAUAAUAGUUAAAGAAAACGGUGUGCGGAGGUAUCCUUGCACCUUAAUAUUACACAACUCCUUUGAUUCUUUUCUUCGGAGGAAAAAAAAAACAUUCAUCCUAGAGGCGUGUAUUCUUAUCUGUAUAUAAUGUGGUUUGAUUAUUUUUACAUUUUUAAAGGCGUUAAAAUAUAGAUUGUAAUUAA